GAAUGUUUGUGAAGUCUAUCUUUUGUUUGUUCGCAAUUAAAAUUCAGGGGCCUUAACCAGCAGGACCCUGACCCUUGAGGACCAGGAUUGAGGAUCCCUGGUCUAUAGUUGAGUUGUGUUUUAUUAGUUUGUAUUUUUAUUUAUUUUUUUACAGUCGUUUCUUGUGGUUGUGACGGUGCUGUAAAGGUUUCACUGUUGUGGUAAAUCAAGGUGAGAUUUAGCUGCAAAGUUUUGAGAUGAGUCAGCAAAUUCCAGAGCAGCUUGUAGGCGGUUCAACCUGUGGAUCGAGUUCAUGGAACUGAAAGCAUUUCGGUUUGGAUUACGACCUGCUCGGUGUCUGUAUGGAUGCACAUUCAGGCUUCAUCUCUCAGCAGGAGAAAACGUCCAACGAUGAGGAAUUUUCCGACUAAUUUUCCUUUUCAGAAAGUCAGCGUCUUUGUCAGCAUUGUGGUGAGUUUCACCUACAAUGUUCUGCUGGACAGAGACGUUUCAUGCACUUGUCAACCAGAAGCUGAUGACUGUGACACAUACAUGUCUCUGCCUUUUUUUAUAAUAUUCUUCUUAAUACUCUGGACAGACAAGACAUUUCAUAGAAAUGGCAGGUAUCUUUGCACAUGUAAAUGUGCAGGUUCAGCUCCAGAUGAGCGACAGAACCAACCAAAGGUUUCCUGCUGCCGUGGUCGAUUUUUGGGAGAAAUAAUCAGCUCCGUUAUCAAAGCAGCUCUUGUUGGAUUGCUGUGGGUGGUCUCUGUGCUGAUCGAUGGAGACUGGUUUGUUUGCUGUAAGUACAACGAAAUUAAAUAUCCUCAGUUGGCCUGCAAAGGCAAAACCACCCUUACAGCAGUGGAACGAUUGGAGGUCAACAGACUGCAGAACGAGUCCAGGAAGAUCGGCCUUUCUGUGAUCUUGGGAAUCCUCGUCUUGGCGACUGUGAUGUCUGUGAUCAGAUGGUGGAAAUGUUGUGCAGGACGAUGCUGUGACAGAAAAGUUCUGUAUGACCGUGUGAUAAUGGAAGAAGAAGAUGGUGUGCUGGAAAAAUAUCUGAAGACAAAAGCAAAAGAUGAGUUAACUCAAAAAAUACAAGCUGGAGAUUUGAGGACAUGUUUCGAUGCUGCUGAGAAGCUGAUUGAUUCUGAUUCAACACCCAGAGUUCCAGAUUAGCUGAGUGACCACUCCAGUGUGCUCUAUACAACCUGGUAUGCCUGGAACUCCACCCUUUUGCACUACAGUGUCGAUGUAUGAAUUCCAUGGGAGGUUCCCUGUCAGCCAGUUGGCAAGAACCUUGAAAAAAAUCUUGCCUUCCACGCUAAGUAGAGAGAUGGUCUGGAUAAUGAUCUCUGCGUCCUCCUCCUUUGGAAUCUACAUACCUUCUGCAUAACGCCACUGCUUGGCUACCAUCGCUUCGCCAGGUUACCCUGAUGAGUCUCCAAAACCUCUGCAGGAGUCUCGGGCACUGUUUGUACACCUUGUAUGUCACUCCACUUGGCCCUGGAGCACCACUGGCUCGUGCUGCUCUAACCACCUCUCUGACUUCUCUAAGGGUGGGCAAACUGGAUGGAGGGCUCUGGUGGUGGAAUCAGCAGGGAGCAGGUCUUCCUCUCUCCUGCUGUCACUGUAGCUGUUACUCAGGUGUUUGUUGAUCUCCUCUUCUGAGGCCAUGAGAUGCCCACGGCUUUUCUGCCCAAGCAGCUGUUUAGUGAACCUGAAUGGGUUGGCUAUGAAGGUAGGGAUGGUGAAAGCGAGGCCUCAUGAAUCAUCGAGCCAACUUUGAACCAAAUGCUUGAAAAUGGCUUAGUGUUCUGAAUCAUUUGACCAAACCAAAGAGCUCCAUCUGCUGGCUGUGGGAGUCUGACGUAUCAGAAGGACAGCGUUGACACCUCACAUCUGUCAUCCCUGUCUCAACUUUGAAUACCUGUUCAAUAAACGAUACGUAAUCUACCAUCCGAGUGCAUAUUUAUUUUCUGUUGUUCAUAUAAAUAACAAGGAGGGGUAUUAGGUAACAUUU